UAUCGCACCAGAUAUAUCAGAAGGGAAGACGGAUGCGUGCACACGUACGGCGUUAACAAGGGGGCGAGAGCGACAUAGGUCCACAUGCGCACUCGGGUCGGCAGUCGGUCCUGAGCUACGGGCAACCCAGGCCGAGUGUGACGCGCGUAACGCAACGGCUCCUCGAUGUCGUCGUCCUCGGCACCGUCAUCCCCGGGCGAGACUAAAGGCCUCCGCUGCACACCAGUGCCCUCAAAGCGCUACCACGACGUUCUCGAGCACCUCAAGUACAAUUUCUUCGCGGACGAGCCCCUCAACCGGGCGAUUGGCCUCUGUCGCAAGGGCGAGUCGCACCAGGAGCUCGAGCGUCACUGUCUCUUUACUCUCGCACAGGGGAUAUCGUGCAUGAUCGUCGACGAAGGGGAUAAGAUCGUCGGUACCGCACUCAAUGGUAUCGUGAAACGUGGCGAGCGCGAAGAGUGCGAGCGCCGUCUCGCUGAGCUUCAGGACGAUAAAUUCAAAAGCAUCUUUGGACUACUUUACAAGAUCAACGAGAAAGUUGACAUAUUCGCUAAGUACGACGUCGAUGAGCUUUUCGACUGUCGCAUACUGAGCGUGGAUGAAACAUUCAGGGGAAAGGGUCUAGCGGAUCUCCUUAUUAAGAACAGCCUUAAAAUCGCAAAAGAUGCUGGGUUUAAGGUUUUCAAAGCUGAUUCAACAGGACUGUUCUCGCAGAAGGCGUUUUUAAAGAACGAUUUCAAGAUUAUAACAGAAAUCCGAUAUUCGGAUGUGGAUGAAAGGCUGAGACCUGGUCCGCCCCACGAAGCUCUCAAGCUGCUGGUAAAGAUUCUGGAUUAGAAAGUUUAUUGAAAUUAUAUUGAAUCGAAAAGUUACUUGAUAAAGCGAAACAAUUAAUUAUGAAGAUAAUAAAUAUACAUUACGAAUUAGAUGACG